ACGCUACCGUACCACACGGUUGAGUUGAGCCGACGUCCAACGUGAAGUUUAUGUUUAAGCUCAGUCAGUCUGUAUUCACCGCUCGAGAGUUGUGUAACCGAAACUCUCAUUUCUGGAUAUACGUGUGCUGUGUUGUGCAUUGCCGUUAUGGGGUGUUUUAAAGAAUAUUAAAUUUUAACAAACGUUUUUGCAUGUGCUGUGCCUAUGUGGAUUUUUUAAAGUGUGUGGGCGACGAAUAUUGUCGUUGUCCAAUUGUGUUUUUAGUGAUUUUUAUUUCAUAAUAGCCUAUGGCGCGGUGUUGCAGAUUACCCCUGAGGUAACAGCAUUAGGAGGCUGCUGAUACCACCUAUUCAGGAGACAGCUUAUUUAACUCAAGAAUCAACAACAUGUCUUGGAUAUUAUUCACUCUACUUGGGCUUUUAGCCUUUCACCAGGCCCAGUCAUCAGGAGUUUUUGAGUUACGAUUGAUUUCUUUCGACAAUGAAGCCGGCAAAAAUGAUUUAGGAACGUGUUGUACUGGAAAAUCUCGACCAAAUUCAGAAUGUGACGGAUUUUGCCGACCUAGAUUUAGGGUUUGUCUGAAGGAAUACCAAGUUAAAAUUGACACGACAUCCAAAUGCACUUUUGGUGAUAAGAUAACACCUGAAUUAGGUCCCAAUCCUGUUACGGAUACACCACAGAAUGGGUUUUCUAAUCCCAUAGCCUUACCAUUCCCAUUUACAUGGCCGGGGACCUUCUCGUUGAUAGUGGAGGCAUGGCAUGGAAAUGAAACAUCACAUUCUGCCGUGCUAAUAAGCAGAUUGACACGACAACGAUAUCUAGACGUUAGUGAUGAAUGGACAGAAGAUGUGCACAUGUCAAAAUUUUCCACUCUGAAGUUCGAAUACAGGGUAACCUGCGAUUCGCACUACUAUGGAAAAGGUUGUGAAAAUCUGUGUCGACCAAGAGAUGACAACUUCGGCCACUACAGCUGUUCUCCUAUUGGAGAGCGAGUCUGUUUAGCAGGAUGGACAGGAGAUUAUUGUACUAAAGCACAAUGCUUACCUGGAUGUGACGAACAACAUGGACACUGUACCAAGCCCAACGAAUGCAAGUGCCAAUCAGGAUGGGAGGGUCCUUUAUGCAAUCAAUGUCAAAGAUAUCCCGGAUGUAUGCAUGGUACUUGUGUUAAACCUUGGGAUUGUUUAUGCAAUGAAGGUUGGGGUGGGCUAUUUUGCAAUCAAGAUUUAAAUUUUUGCACCAACCACAGACCGUGCCGUAAUGGUGGGACAUGUUUUAACACAGGACAAGGGAGUUAUACCUGUAGUUGUCCCGCGGGAUUUAACGGAACAGAUUGUGAAAUUCCAGCAGACGAUUGUUUGAAAAGCCCUUGUAGUAACGGAGGUAAAUGUGUACUCAAGGGAGGUUACAAUGUGUGCUCUUGUCCACUUGGUUAUAGUGGUCUACAAUGCGAAACCAUCAUUAAUUAUUGCGGCAAACAACCAUGCAACAAUGGUGGUACCUGCAGCAAUACCGAGACUGGAUAUCAAUGUUCCUGUAAACCUGGAUUUAGUGGUACCGACUGCGACUAUCAAGUUAAUAGAUGUUUACCAAAUCCUUGUAAAAAUGACGGUACUUGUAUUGAGACUGACGAUGGAUUUCAAUGUAUCUGUCCUACUGGAUUUUCUGGAGAGUUGUGUAAUAUCAAUAUUGACGACUGCAAUGGAAAUCCAUGCCAAAACGGUGGAACCUGUAUAGAUAAAGUAAAUGAGUUUCGCUGCCAUUGUGUACCUGGAUAUGUAGGACCCUUGUGCCAAAACCGCGUAGACUAUUGCAUAACGAAACCAUGUGCCAACGGCGGAACUUGUUUACAACUGAUUAAUGACUAUAAAUGUACAUGUGCCCCUGGUUUCUCAGGAAAAGACUGUAGUAAAGAAAUCGAUGAGUGUCUCGACAACCCUUGCCGGAAUGGGGGUACGUGUGUGAAUAGCGUUCAUGGCUUCGAAUGCCAAUGUCCCAUCGGGUUUCUGGGACGCGAAUGUGACGAAGUGUCAUCUAGCGCUGCUCCAAGUGCUCGAGUUUCAUCCGAAUCAAACCUUACGACUGAACAUGUUGUAGUUAUAGCAACCAUCUCAACCUUUGUACCAUUAGUUGUCUUAGUGGCCGUAGGUGUUAUCAUCUGUCUGAAACAACGACGAAAACGCGAAAAAGCUCGCGCUGAUGAAGAAGCACGGUUACAAAACGAACAAAAUACCGCAAACAGUAGUUUCGCUAAACGUGGUGCCGCGAUGUCUGCUGAUCCCCAUAUGAUAAAAAACUCUUGGGGGAAGUGCACGAACAAUGUGAUUGGUUCAAACUUUUCCUCGCCAGAUGACUGUAGUGUUUCUAAUAUCAGUAUAAAUGACUGUGAUGGUUUCCCUAAACCUCAACACCAAGUGAUUGAUGGACGCCCUGUGUACACCCUGCAGAGGACGCGUUCCCAGAAGCAGUUAAAUACGGAGACAGGUGCUCGUGCAUCAGCUUUACUAGCUGCAAAACUGCAUGAACCUGACUACGAGCACAUCAAACGUUUGUCUGUGAUGUCAAACGCUUCGGCUGUGUGUGGCUCUAGUGAUCCCUCCAUAUUGAAGAGGCCGAUUGAGAAGGAGUCAAAUGGCGUAUAUGUGAUAGAAGAACACUUCCAUACUCCAGAUGCGAUUUCGUCUGGUCUUUUCGCAACGGAGGUGUAGAUAAUUUAAAAGAAUGACUGACGUGUGCAUGUUAUGUCCAUGCUUCCAUCAGGCUUGGUCCGUUGUACAGUCUAUUUAUUAUUUUCCAACGUUCUGAGGGAAGCACGGACAACCUAACUUAUGAUUGUAUGAGUACAUAUAUUCGAGCUAGUGCCUCGUGUCCAAGAAGUUUUGCUACUCUCAAGACUCCUCUCUGGAUAACGCAAACAAUUAAUCGGGUCGUUGCCACUAGUGGUAAAUUAUUUUGUGUUUAUAUUGUAAAUAUCCCAAUGGAUUCUUUGUUUAUUUGUAUUUAUAGAAUUUACCAAUGGUGGAUGUUCCUGGUAAGAAACCAAAGAUUUUGACAUUGUUCAGGGACAGACUCCUGAGCAUAGCAAGACUGAAAUUCGUCGAGUAGUAUCUGUGUAACUAACAUAACAUUUUUAUUGUUAUAGUAUAUUGUGAUGAUUCGAAGGAAACUAAGUCACCAUUGUACUUAAGUAGGCUUUUCUUAAUAUUUAUAAGCCAUUUCAGUAUUGCCAUCGUUAUUAAUUUGCAGUCAUUUAUAAAUGAUUUUUUUAUAGGCCAGUGAUACUUUAAAAUUAAUACCGAUCGCAAACCCUCGUCUUAAAAUCGUUUUGUAAACAAUUUUGAACAAAUAAACGAUGUUCCUUUAUAUAAAAACUAAGUCAUUUAUUUUUGUCAAUAUUAUAGAUAGACCCUCGACUUUGUGUCUCUCCAUAACAUUGAUUGACAUUUUUUGUUCGCUACUUAAACUCUUGGACCGUUAAAGACUUGAUUAUGAUAAAGACGUUUUGUAAUAUAUAAUAUGUAUAUUUAUAGUUUGUAACUUGUUCAUGUUUCAUAAUAAAUACUUCUUUAGAGAAGCGGCUGUAUUGUUCC